CCCUUCUGUUUUCUCCCGGCAGCCCUGCAAUUGACCAUCGAGAGGUACUGUACAAUACAACAUACUUAACAACUCACCCAUGGCACCAAUCCACCUUCUCCAGAGUCGAGAUGACUCCAAUUGCCCCAACUCCAUCUCCGGCGGUGGCAUCGCAGGCAUUGUCUUGGGUACAAUGGCAGGGACCCUUCUACUGCUCUGGCUGUGGAAGUUAUGCGCAAUGAAUCAUGAAAUGGAAAGUGAGCCCGAUUAUGGCGAGACCAACUUGCCUACCAACCGCGCGCGCCAUUGUCACCGGCAGCGACGGAGCCCAUCAUACUACUAUGUCGAGAAACCGAGGAGCUCAGUGCGGAGACCGGCGAAAGUCUAUCUUAGUUGAGUGGGAGAAGGCGGGAAGCAGCGGAAAAGAAGAGGAGAUUUGCAAGUGAGGGGACGUUUUUCUGUUGGGAGUGAUAUCACCUAUAGCUUCAUGCCGUUAUGACCCUUAUAUAAUCAAAUUCCUGCAACGCCAACCAUCCGACCUAAAUCAUGAACUUUGUCAGUUGAUCUGCAAAGUUGUGGUGUUCUUGGUUCUUUUGCGCCUAGUGGGACGGUUCCGUUAUUUUCCAAAUUUAUCCUUCUUGGUCUUUAUAACUAUCUGCCUAUCUGGGCCGAGUGGGGAAUUUGGUACUGGAAAUUAGACGUUCGUGUCG